CAGGUACUACCUGAUACGAUCUUAACCCGUCAACGCGAUCUCUCUAGAACCAUCCUGCCCCUCCGCUCACUCUCUCGCCUCUCUCCCCGCUCUAACCUCCAGCCCAGCCUCUUUCUCCCUCAAAACCCUUUUUUAGAACUCUCUGGAAUCCCACCUCUCCCUCUCCCUCUCCCCAUAUAAACCCUCAUUCUAUCUGCGUUUUCAGUGUACCAAGCCUGCGAAAGCUACCAUCUCAGUUUCCUUCCAAGACAGCCCUGUUUCCUUCGCUUUAUCGUCUCCAUAGAUUCUUCUUCUGCCUUUCGCUGUUUCUCUCGCUAAGCUUCGCCGGCUUAGUCUGUAGGUUGUCUUCGUUGUAGAAUUUAGAGGAAGAUGGAAGAGGAUUUUGAUAUGCCGCCACCUGAGGAGAUGAUGAAUGAAGACUUGGAUCUCCCGGACGAGAGCCCGAUCUUGAAGGUUGGUGAGGAAAAGGAGAUCGGGAAGCAGGGGCUGAAGAAGAAGCUGGUAAAGGAAGGUGAAGGCUGGGACUUCCCUGAAAAUGGAGAUGAAGUUGAAGUGCAUUAUACUGGGACUUUGCUUGAUGGAACUCAGUUCGAUUCAAGCCGGGACCGAGGUACUCCGUUCAAGUUCACGCUUGGACAAGGGCAAGUAAUCAAGGGAUGGGACCAAGGUAUCAAAACAAUGAAGAAGGGUGAAAAUGCCAUUUUCACCAUUCCUCCUGAGCUGGCAUAUGGGGAGAAUGGUUCCUCUCCAACAAUUCCACCCAGUGCCACUCUCCAGUUCGAUGUUGAAUUGCUAUCUUGGACCAGUGUCAAGGACAUCUGUAAGGAUGGUGGAAUAUUUAAGAAGAUAAUUAAAGAAGGUGAAAAAUGGGAAAAUCCAAAAGACCUUGAUGAAGUAUUAGUCAAGUAUGAGGCUCAACUUGAGGAUGGAACAGUGGUAGCAAAAUCUGAUGGGGUGGAGUUUACUGUUAAAGAAGGCUGUUUCUGCCCUGCACUGUCGAAAGCUGUUAAAACAAUGAAGAAGGGAGAAAAAGUUAUUCUAACCGUGAAGCCACAUUACGGAUUUGGGGAGAAGGGCAAGCCUGCCUCUGGUGAUGAAGAUGCAGUUCCACCAAAUGCUACUCUUCAGAUAACUCUUGAAUUGGUUUCGUGGAAAACUGUAACAGAGGUGACAGAUGAUAAGAAGGUUGUCAAGAAGGUUUUGAAGGAAGGCGAGGGAUAUGAACGCCCAAAUGAGGGAGCUGUUGUUAGAUUGAAAUUGGUUGGAAAACUUCAAGAUGGUACAUUUUUCGUGAAGAAAGGCCAUGAUGAAGGGGAGGAUCUUUUUGAGUUCAAGACCGACGAGGAGCAAGUUAUUUGUGGGCUUGAUAGAGCUGUUAUGAACAUGAAGAAGGGUGAAGUGGCCCUUUUGACCAUUGCACCGGAGUAUGCUUUUGGUUCGUCUGAGUCCCAACAAGAGUUGGCUGUGGUUCCCCCCAACUCAACUGUGUACUAUGAAGUUGAGCUUGUAUCAUUCGACAAGGAGAAGGAGUCUUGGGAUAUGAGCACUCAGGAGAAGAUUGAAGCUGCUGGUAGAAAAAAAGAAGAGGGAAAUGCAUUGUUUAAGGCUGGUAAAUAUCUUAGAGCUUCAAAGCGAUAUGAAAAGGCUGCCAAGUUCAUUGAGUACGAUACCUCAUUUGAUGAGGAACAGAAGAAACAGUCCAAAACACUAAAGGUUACUUGCAAUCUUAACAAUGCAGCUUGUAAAUUGAAGCUGAAGGAUUAUAAGGAGGCAGAGAAGUUGUGCACUAAGGUGUUAGAUAUUGAAGGUAAAAAUGUGAAGGCACUUUACAGAAGAGCUCAAGCAUAUAUUCAGUUAGUAGAUCUUGAUUUGGCGGAGCUAGAUAUUAAGAAAGCUCUUGAAAUCGAUCCUGACAACAGGGAUGUAAAGCUGGAGUACAGAACCUUGAAGGAAAAGGUCAGAGAGUACAACAAGAAGGAUGCCAAAUUUUAUGGCAACAUGUUUGCGAAGAUGAAUAAGAUUGAGGUGGUCGAGUCCAAGGUAAGUAACCAACGGCCAUCAACUUGUGUUGACAUUGGACUAAUGAUGUGGCAGCUCCUUAGCAAAAUUCUUGGGUUAAUUUUAAGAAUUGAAAUGUGGAAGUGGGCGCUCACGUCCCAUGAACUCUGUUGUCCCUCUUAUAUGUUGUUUAGAACGGAUUACAAUUUUGUUGGCUCUCUGAUGAGAUUUUGGGACUUGUGUUUUGGUGCCUGCAGAAGGAUUUGGUGAAGGAGGCAGAGCCAAUGAGCAUUGACAGCAAGGCCUAAGAGGCUGGUUACAGUCUACAAAAAGAGCCUUCCGAGCGUAGAAGAGUUUUUAUCUUUGUACGUUGUCUACUUCAAUGGUAUUUGCCCCUGGUUUCUGUUUUUGAUUGUCGGACUUGUGGUCUUUGGCAAAGGAAGAAAUUGUGAUGGAUCUUUCUGUUGGGGAUUGACGGCAUGAAAACAAUAAUUUUUAUAGACAAAAUUUGUCCCAAAUCAAUGCUAGUGUUCCUUUCCUAUUA